AUGCCCACAUUCUUCCAGAUUGUCAAGGGACUCUCCGCAGCCAAGUCGGGCGUGAUGGUCCUUCCCACGGGAGCCGGUCUAAUCUUAUCAGUUCCCUUGGCCGGAUUUCUCACCUCUUACUUUGGCUAUUACAACCCGUUCAUGAUCCUAAACAGCAUUCUCAGCCCCCUUGCCGCCGGCCUUCUGACAACCAUGAACCCGCAGACCAAUUUGUGGAGACUGCUCGUUUACCAAGCAUUACUCGGAUUUGGCGUUGGAAUCGGCUUCCAGGGCCCGCAGGUAGCAGUGCAGACUGUCCUAAACGAUGGCGACUCCCAAAUUGGCAUUGCCAUAAUUCAGCUUGCCCAGGCUUUAGGGCCUGCCAUCUUCGUUGCAGCUGCACAGACAAUCUUCACGAGUAGAUUGGUGUCUCGCUUGAAGGGCUUUUCCGGCUGCCAGGGACUCGCCGGUCUUUCUGAUCAGGGACUGACAAUGCCGGAAGGAAAGGACGGCGACAAGUGCGAGGCGGUACUGAGCUACAGCAAGGCAUUGGCCGAGACCUUCUACCUUCCCGUUGCUCUCGCAUCUACCAAGGAGAGAAACAGUGUUCACGAAUAG